GCAAGGUGUGACAGAUCUAAACGCUUUUUGGAAAUGACUCGUAUUCGUACAAGUAGCUUCGUUUAAAACUCCGAUUUUCAGCUUUAUAACAUUUAUCUGAUCAUUUUUUUAGUAUAAAUAUUGUUUAAUUGAUGCGGUAAACUUCAAGUGGUUGAACAGGUAAAUCUUUCAGCUCGUGGAACGUUAUGCAGUCACCCACAACGUACGUGUAUCAGCUUCCUUGCGCGCCGAGUUGAUGCGUCUUCGCGAGUGAGUUAUUCGCGCAUAGAGCUCGAAAACUCUGAUCCUGGCUCGUGCUAGAAAGCGUCAUUCAUAACGAGACCAGUAAAGAAUAAGAAGCUUGUACAGCGUUUUCAACAGAUUAGUGAAUUUCCAUAGAAAUGGCGUUCGUAUUUUGGCGAAGAAUGAGUGAUGUAGAACGAGACCCCGCCCUCUGGCGGAGGUCGAGGAGAGAAGCAUUCUUUUGUCGUUCUGACUCUCUCCCUGCGGCCCAUUCAACUAUGCCUCCACAAGGACACCAGGGGGCGUGUCAUUCGACUGUUGGAGAUUUUGUGGCCAAACACUGCAUGCAAGAAAUUCUUGGUGGAGUUAUUCCUCUCCAUAUGAGAUUAUCAGAUUUUUGUAACCUUUCAGACAAAGAUUUGAAAAAGGGCUUAGGAAUUGAAAACCCAGAACAAAGAAAGCGCAUCUUAACAAUAGUCCACUUAGCUAGAGACCUGGAAAGAGAAUCAGAG